GACGUGAAGGUUAAAGAGUCACCGCCCCCGAAAUGGAUAAACAACAAAGAUGGAGUUGUGAAUUGAGAGCUACGCAGACACCUCUAGUAAAUGUUUGUGUUUUUUUUCUUAUAGACUUUUAAGCGUCUAAAUGAUAAAGCUGACGUAGUACAGUAAUAUUAGAUGUAGUUUAUGACCGUUAGUCGUCCUGAGAAGCUGCCUAAGAGGUAACAAGUCGGUUUCUAGGAAACGACUCAACAACAAAGCUUUGUUGCUAGCUCGUUUUCACUCAGCGUGCUAAGCUAGUGGACACGCGAAGACAAAAAUGGAGAAGAGGAACUUCCUGAAGGGGCUGCCUGUCUACAACAAAAACAGCUUCACCAGGUUCCACGCAGACUCCGUAUGUAAAGCAUCAAACCGUCGGCCGUCUGUGUAUCUUCCUACACGAGAAUAUCCAUCAGAUCAGAUCAUUGUGACAGAGAAGACAAACAUCCUACUGCGGUAUCUACAUCAGCAGUGGGAUAAAAAGAAUUCGGGGAAGAAGCGAGAGCAGGAGCAGACAGAAGAGGACAGCGCAGCGCCUCCGCGAAAGAUGGCGCGAACGGAUAGCGAGGAACCCACUGAGGACUCGUAAAGAGCCACGCUGCUUCCUCCGUUCUCCCAGAGACUCGACUGCUUCAACAGAAUCCAGCCAGACAUGCGGCGUGUUUGCAGACGUGGUGGUGCGGUAAACAGUGCUGAUGGUUUCCAACCGCAGCUGUCCCGGCAGCCCCCCACAGUGUGACUCCAGGUUUACUCCAGCAGCUCCUUUACCUACCAAGUCUCCAUGUCUCUGCUGUAGAGUGGGAGUCUUAACAUGACCAUACUUCUACCUCCUCUG